AUGGCGGGGCUGCGGGCGCUCUGGCUGCUGACGGCGGCGGCGCUGGGGGCGGCGGGGGGGCACCCGCAGCCCUGCCGCGUCCUGGCCCGCACCGGCCCCGCCGUGCGCCUCGGGGCCCUGCUGCCGCCCGCCCCCCCCGCCCGCGCCCGGCUCCGCGCCGCGCUGGCCAGAGCCGCCGGGACCGGCCCCGGGGAGGGGGGGGAUCCCGGCCCCGGGGGGGCGGCGCUGCCCUACAACCUCAGCCUGGAGGUGGUGGCGGGCGCCCCGGCGGCGCGGGACCCGGGCUCGCUGGCGCGGUGGCUUUGCGGGGCGCUGGUGGUGCGGGGGGUGGCCGCCGUCCUGGCGCUGCCCCGCUCCCGCCGGGAGCUGCUGCAGCUGGAUUUCCUCGCCGCCGCCCUCCAGAUCCCCUUCCUCAGCCUCCUCGACACCCGCGGGCCGCUGCCCUUCCGAGUGCAGAGCCCUUUCCACUUCCACAUGGAGCGGCAGAGCUCGCUGGAGACGCUGGUGGACGUGCUGGCGAGCGUCCUGCAGGCCAACGACUGGCAGGAGACCAACCUGGUGCUCUGCCACCCCUGGGACGUCGCCGGCUUCCUCGGCCUCUGGGCCCGACGCUCCCAACUCUUCCUCCGCACCAUCCUGGACCUCGGCUACUUGGACGAGCCCGGGGCCACCAGCCACCUCCGGCAGCACGGCGAGCGCUUCAGGACCCUCUCCAGCCCGGUGCUGGUGCUCGGCUGCGACCUGCGGCGCGCUCGGCUCAUCUUCCAGGCGGUGGAGGAGUCGGGGCUGGCCCCGCAGGAGUUUCACUGGAUGCUGGGCUCCCCGCUCAGCGCCGGCGAGCUGCAGACCGAGGGGCUGCCUCUGGGGCUGCUGGCCUACGGGGAGGUCAGCCGGCCGCCGCUGGAGCUCUUUGUCCAGGACGCGGUGGAGCUGGUGUCCCGGGCCAUCGCCAGCGCCGCCCGCGUCCGCCCCGACCUGGCUCUGCUGCAGACGAUGGUGAACUGCAACGACAGGCGCCGGGCGGGCGGCGAGUCCUCGGGGCUCUUCCUCUCCCGGUUCAUGGCCAACACAUCCUUCCACGGCCGGACGGGGACCAUACGGGUGGAGAAUGCGACGCUGGUGCGUCCGGAGCAGCAGUUCCGCGUCUGGAGCCUGCGGCGGGACUCGCGGGGGGAGCCCACCUGGGUGACGGUGGGCACCUGGCAGCGUGGCAACCUGGAGCUGGAGGAGGGCGCGUGGCAGAGCCACCGCCAGCGCGCCAGCCCCGGCGAGGGUCCCCGCGUGAAGCUGCGGGUGGUGACGCUGGUGGAGCAUCCCUUCGUCUUCACCAGGGAGGUGGACGAGGACGGGAGCUGCCCGGCUGGGCAGCUCUGCCUGGACCCUGGCACCAACGACUCGGCCGUGCUGGACGCCCUCUUCGAGGAGCUCGGUGCCGAGAACGGCUCGGUGCCGCGGGCGUACAAGAAGUGCUGCUACGGGUACUGCAUCGACCUGCUGGAGAAGCUGGCCGAGGACAUGCCCUUUGACUUUGAGCUCUACAUCGUGGGCGAUGGGAAAUACGGGGCGUGGAAGAACGGGCGCUGGACGGGGCUGGUGGGGGACCUGCUCAGCGGCACGGCCCACAUGGCCGUCACCUCCUUCAGCAUCAACUCGGCGCGGAGCAAAGUCAUUGACUUCACCAGCCCCUUCUUCUCCACCAGCCUGGGCAUCCUGGUGAGGACGAAGGACACGGCGUCGCCCAUCGGGGCCUUCAUGUGGCCCUUGCACUGGACCAUGUGGGUGGGCAUCUUCGUGGCCCUGCACAUGACGGCACUCUUCCUCACCCUCUACGAGUGGAAGAGCCCCUACGGCAUGACCCCCCACGGCCGCAACCGCAUGAAGAUCUUCUCCUACUCUUCAGCCCUCAACCUCUGCUACGCCAUCCUCUUUGGGCGCACCGUGUCCAGCAAGACCCCCAAGUGCUGCACUGGCCGCUUCCUCAUGAACCUCUGGGCCAUCUUCUGCCUCCUCGUGCUCUCCAGCUACACGGCCAACCUCGCGGCCGUCAUGGUGGGGGACAAGACCUUCGAGGAGCUCUCGGGCAUCCACGACCCAAAGCUGCAUCACCCCUCGCAGGGCUUCCGCUUCGGCACGGUGUGGGAGAGCAGCGCCGAGGAGUACAUCAAGAAGAGCUUCCCCGAGAUGCACGAGUACAUGCGGCGCUACAACGUCCCCACCACCCCCGCCGGCGUCACCAUGCUCAAGACGGAGCCCCCCAAGCUCAACGCCUUCAUCAUGGACAAGUCGCUGCUGGACUACGAGGUCUCCAUCGACUCCGACUGCAAACUCCUCACCGUGGGCAAACCCUUCGCCAUUGAAGGUUACGGCAUCGGCCUCCCCCAGAACUCGCCGCUGACCUCCAACGUCUCCGAGUUCAUCAGCCGCUACAAGUCGGCCGGUUUCAUCGACCUCCUGCACGACAAGUGGUACAAGAUGGUGCCCUGCGGCAAACGCGUCUUCGCCGUCACGGAGACCCUGCAGAUGGGCAUCUACCACUUCUCGGGGCUCUUCGUGCUGCUCUGCAUCGGGCUCAGCGGCUCCCUGCUCACCUCGCUGGGGGAGCACGUCUUCUACCGCCUCGUCCUGCCCCGCAUCAAGCGCAAGAAGAAAUUCAACUACUGGCUGCACACCAGCCAGAAAAUCCACCGGGCUCUGAACACGGGCACGGAGCAGCAGAGCGGCCGGCGGCUGAGCUUGGAGCAGAGGUGCGACCUCCAGCCCAGGCGGGCGCCGGCAGCGGGGCCUCCCUGGGGCGCCCUGCGGAAGGAGGCACGGAGGGUGCGCUUCCAGCUGGACAAAACCCCCCCCGAGGAGGUGGGGUCCCUGCGACACCCCGGGAACGGGCGGGCGCUGCAGCCCCCGGAGAGGGCGGCCGGGGAGAGCGAGCUGCGGCAGCUGGAGGAGAAGAUCCAGGAGAUGCGGGACCAGCUGCGGGCAGCCUUGGCGAGGAAGAGCGAGCUGGUGGCCGCGCUGGGCACGGCGAAGAGCGGCCGGGCGCUGCCCACCCCGUCGGUCACCGAGGAGCCCCGGGAAGAGAGGUGA